ACAAUAUGUCCGCCGCACAGUUUUCACGGUAUAAAAAUAACAUUCUCUAUCAGUUUCAUCUCAAUAACACAGGCAUAUGUUAGAAUAUUCGAGAAUUCGAAUCUGCUAUUCAUAUUAUACAAAAAAGAUUUGAAUUCAAUCCUGUGAAUGUUUUUUGAAACUUGUUUUGAAUCAGUGAUACCGUAGCUAGGCGAUCGUGAAAUGUUUUAAGUUAAUUAAAAAAAAAAAAGGUUUAUCCAACGUUACGAACAUGAUUUCACUAAAAUUGCUAUGUUUAUUGUUGGUGGUAUGUUCAGCUCACAGCCUCCAGCUGGACAGCCAGGCUUCCACCAGGCGGCCGAGGGUCACGAAGUACAGCAAGACUACAAUAGCGCCUGGCGGAUCGACGGAAUCGGUAACAGAAAGAAGUUUGGUGACGGCCACGUACCGUCUCCAAGGUGGUGGAGGGGAGACCUGUAUCCUUCUGACUGUCGAUGCUCUCCUGGACAUAUCUUACGUGACAAAGCUCAACGAACGCGCGGACGCGAAUACUUUUGUGCCGAACAACGCUAACGUCGGAGGGGCGUGCAAGGAUGGUGACGCCGAGACCUUAGUCGUUUCGUUUAAGGACUUCACUUUAGAAUGGUUCUUUGCAAAGACUCCAGGAGGAGAGCGUUGGUAUGCUGAGAGCAUGAAGCUAUCGUAUAACUCCAGUUCUCGCAUUCUGGAGCACGCGGCGAAUCAAGGGAGACGCGUAACCCUCACCACGGACUCCAGAGAGUUGCUUUUCCCGACGCCAGUCGGAAAAUCAUAUUUCUGCCCAGACGAGACGGUCAUUGAACUCACCGAGGAGGAUCCCAGCAACCCGACGUUGGCUCACAAAGCGAAGCUGUACCUCAGGCAGAUGCGUCUGCAGCCGUUCAUGUUCAAGCGGUCCGGCGAGUUCGGUCCGGCGUGGCACUGCGCCGGGGCCGCGCGGGCCCGCUCCGAGGCCGCACCGGUCGCGGUGGGAGCCGCGCUGGCCGUCGCGACCGCCGGCACGCUACUAGGCUACGCCAUAUGGCGGUAUUUGAAAGUGAAGAAAGUACAAUACGACACGAUGGAAUGAGAUUAAUAAGUUCGGUUACAAAAUCGCAUUAAAAGUGUACAAUUUUCAAAAAAAUAUUCGAAGUUGAGUAAAUAUCGACGCUUGAAAGGCAAACGUGACUAAGCGACAAUGCGUGAACUUUACAGUAGAUUAAUUUAAAGUUGAAAUACCUGAAAAAAAAAUCUAUUUUAACGAAUCUAGCUGUUGGAUUGAAAUUAUUUUAAUAGACCUAGAAAUAUAUAUUUUUUGAGCAUUGAAUACGGUUAUUGCCUAUGAUUUAUGUACAAAGCAGUUAUUGUCGCUUAGUCACGUUUGCCUUUCAAGCGUCGAUAUGCAGAAUCAUUUGGUAUCCACUAGUAUUUUUCUCAUAAAUACUAUCAAAAGAGCGUAGUUUUUUUUUUUUUAAUUUACCUAUAUUUUGACUACUAUUAACACAUUAAAUUAAUACAUAAUUUUAUCUUACUUUAAAAGACAAGUAAUGUAACAACUGGUGAAAACAAAAAAAAAUGUUGCAAAGAUGAUUAAUAUUAAAAAUAUCAUAUUAAUAUGUUAAACCUUUAAAACACUCUCCUGUAAAAUUAAUAAGUUUUGAGAUUAUACAGUUUUAAUGCGAGAAGACGAUAUAUCUGUGUGCUUAGUGCGAGUUAACGUUCUCGCGUAUGAGUUCGCCCGGUUUUGUAUGCAGUUGGAACAGCGCCCCUAGCGGCGAGCGUAGGCAAACGAUUCCAUUCCAUACAAAUAUGAGUUAACUUUUACGCUAUAGAGAACGUUAAAAAACUCGCACACUGGCCCUCGCUGGAACGUGAAGCCCGUUUCCCUUUCGCCAGGUCCAGAGAUAAUGUAACCGGUGUGUUUAGUGCGAGUUAGCGUUCUCGAUAACGUAAAAGUUAGUUCAUACUUGUAUGAAAUGGGAUCGUUUGCCGCUAGGGGCGCUGUUCGAACUGCAUACAAAAUUGAGUUAAGUUUUACGCUUACGAGAACAUUAAGAAACUGGCACUAAGCAUACGGGUUGUAUUGAUAGAUGAGACAACUAGGGCUGCCACCUUUUUCUUUUGCAGAUAAAGUACAUUGGUUAUUAUAGGUAGGAAAAAGGAGCAUCGUAUUAAAAUAAAGUACAAUUUAUCUUUUAUUAUUAUUAUGUUUAAAUAUAAUAUAUUAUUUUUCUUACAGUUGAAAUUAAACAAGAAACUGUGACAAUUAAUGACAGUGACAUUGUUGACAUUAUUUUGAAAUAUUUGUUAACAAAACUAGUGCUUAGGUGAUGUGGCGUUGGCGAGGGGCGAUAUCGAUUGAGCAAUCGAUCUAUUUUGUUUAACGAAAAAAUACAUACGCAAAGUCCCAAUGAAACCAAAUCAUGCCAAUUAAAUUAUUUUCGUGUACUUUAUUGUUUACCUGAAAUGACGCACAAUAUUUUAUUAUAAAGUACUGGUGGCAACCCUAGUGACAACGAGAUUUGCCGCCAUUUUACGUGCAAGACGGCUUAUUCUGACAGACAAAUGUCCACCAUUUUUGCGUUGUUUGUUCACAGAUAUUUUUUAAUGUCGUCCCAUUGCUAUGUUCUACCUUGAAAAUGAUUAUUUCAUUAAAUUAUAUUUUUAUUACAGCAAAAUUGUUCAGAAACUAAUACCGUAUCUGUAACCUUGAUUACGGCUGCCGCUUUUUUGUACGAAGAAUAAAGUAUAGUUUAUUUUUAUUUAAAAGAUUAAUUUAACGAUUGUAUGUCAGUUCAAAAGGCUUCGUAAGGUUAUAUAGUGGAUCCAAAUGACGUGAAUUUACUGCAAAAAUCGGACCUAUUGUAGAUAUAUAACCCACAGAUAACCCCCAUAGGUCCGAUUUUUGCAGUAAAUUCACGUCAUUUGGAUCCAAAUGACCUUUUUUUUUCUCCUACCUAUGCUGAGAGCCUUGAGAGGCUAUAUCGGCUUCUCCUUGACGUGUAGGUGAGCUUACGGGGCUCGAACCGGGUGUGUUGCUAACACUGGCUCUAGCAAGAGCCGUGUUUUGCAGAAUCUACCACCGGAUCAGAAACGCGACCCACUGAGAAGAUCCGGCGAAAAACUCAGUGGGCUGGCCAAAUGCGUCGGAACUUGUAUUUUGGUCUAAAUCACUUAUUACCCUAUUAAAAAAAUACCGCUUCGAAUGGUCUGGGUCUCGUUUUCCUACGAUUUAAUUUUUCAUAAAAAAAUAUCAUUUUAAAUUUCAUUUCAAUUUUCAAGUUUCUAUCUCUAUAAAUACUUAUAAUAUGAGUUAUGAAUUUUUGAAAUACCUAGUUUAUGGUUCUUGUGUAAAGUUGGGCUUUUCAGGUUACGACGAAUUUUGCUUUCUUCUGUCGAUAUUACUUUUUCGAUUACUGUUUUGGUAUAAACUACAAUCGUAACAGAGCGAAAUUAAAAUUCAAAAUGGCGUCAAAUCUCCUUAUUGCGUCAUAUUAUUAUAAUGAUAUUUUUAUUGGUAAUCUCAUUUGCUUAAAAUGUGUGCAUUAUGGGCUGGAAAUAUGUCCUGUUUACAUAAUUUAAGGAAGCUUUUAUUGUAUUGUGGGCAAGAAUCUUGCGAUUUUAAACAAAAACCAGGCCUAAAGAUAAUACUGAAGGUAUUGCGAUGGUUUUUUCGUAAAAUAAAUUUAAUUUAAAAAUUUUGAGUGUUUGUCGAAUGUGGUAGAUAUUAUUAUUUAUUCGAUAGGUAUUCCGUAAGGUUAUUAAAUUUUAUUAAGCUAAAAUCGAUUUAGCUUUGUCUUGAUAAAUGUUAAACAAUUAACAAUUCGAACACAUAUAAUUUGCCCUUUGAGACACCUUAAAUAAUGACGAUCGAUUUUUUUCUGGCAAGUUGAAAUUAUUAAUGAAGUGUCACCACCGAGAUUGACAGCAAUUGUUUGUCUAAUAAUUAUUAUUGCCUUGAUAGUUUGAAAUAAUAAAGAUUUUUUUAGCUCGAAAUAACAACAGGCAGAUUGACAGAUUAACCUUGAAUCUCGAAGUUAUAUUUAUAGGUUAUGUUGAAAUAAUUAUUGUAGGUUAGUUAGCUUAUAGAUUAAAUUAAAAAAAAAACGUAUAAAAACUACGAAUGAAUGCCAACAAAAUUAGUUAGUUUGAGAAAUUUUAUUGUAGGUAUAAGUUAGUUAGUAAACAGAUUUAUUAUGCGAAACGUUUUUUUCCAUAUUGAGGAAAAAUUGUUGCCACACUCCAAUUUUACGUUCAGUAAUGUGAAGGUUUUUUUAUACUUUUCAAAUUCAAUUCGGUUUUAAUAUUGAUAGCGUAUUUUUAUCGGUAAUUAAGCUAAUUGCAUUUUAAUAGCAUAAAGUGAUAACGUUUUGCUAAAUUUAAUUAAAAAAAAGUGUGAAAGUUCAAAUGUAUAUGUAAAAACAUAAUAUUUAAUGUGUAAGCUGUUGUUAAUGGUUGAUUAGUGUUGUUAAAUGAUAUUGUAUCUCAAUUCAUGAUCGUGUAAAAUAUUUUAAAUAUUUAGAAACCAUAUCUAAAACAAUGUUAAGUAUUUUAAUCAAUUACAAUGAUAAUCUAGAUAUGUAUAAUUAAUCUAGAUAUUUAUUUUAGUUAUUUAAAAAUAAUCAACGUCGAGUUUUGGAGCUAUAAUAAUAUGUUCACCUGUCCCAUGUUUUUUUAUAUAAUUAUUAAAUUUAAUAUUACGUUCGGGCAAGUUAAGAUUUUUUAAAAUAUAUAACAUCGUGUUGAGAAUGCUAUCAAAAUAAUCCAUGGCUUAUAAAACAAAAAAAAAUAUAUAUAUUCUCUACGGUUUUCAUUUGCAAUCGAUUUAAUUUCAAUGAGCUCCAAUUAUUUAAGUUAUAUUGUGUAGAAUUGUAUAAUUCAAUUUUGGUAAGUUAUUACUUUGUGUAUUUUGUAUAAGAAAUAUAAUAUAGCAUAUAGCCUCACAUUUAAUCGUGACAUAUCACAUGAUAAUAACAAAAUCGUAUAAUAUAGUUAUAAGGUUUCAUUAAGUAAUUAGAAAUGUAAUGAAACUUAAUUCAAAUUAAUAGCGUCAGGCAGACAGAAUACGUUCUCUUAAAAUUCAAAAUAAUAUUAUUUGGUAAAAUCAAUAGUACCGAUUAACUAUAUUGAAUCGAUAUUAAAAUAAGCCAAUAAUCUAUUUGUCGCUUCAAAAAAGUGCUGAAUAAAGAAAAGUUUGAAUCAAGUUUCAUUAUCCUUUAUAAAGUAGUAUUUAUAUUUAUAUAAAAAUUAAAUAUAAUUUGUAUAUUUUUGCGAUAUAGCGAUGACUAUCGAUAUUACGUGUUACAAGCAAUAAAUGAUUUCUUUUUUAAAUUUAUAUGGGCCGGUCGUGUGUGACUCAAAUAUGGCCGCCAUUAAAUAUAUUGAUGUUGUGUAUUGUGAGCAAAAUAAUGCUUAUGCACUAGUGCGAGAUGUAUUAAGAUAAUAUUAUUUAUCCUGCUAAAACGUUGUUAAUCGCGCUCUAACAUUAUAACGAUAUAAUCUCGUUUAGUAUAGUAAGUUUAAGUGAAAAAUAAUUUGAUGUACCUAACCUAUUUCGUCGGCAUGAUUUUUUUUUCGUUCUAGCUUGUCACGUUUGACACCUUCAUAGGAUAUUGUGAUAUUGUCAUUGGUUGGAUUUACGACUAGUUAACUAUUAAUUCGAUUAGAAACAAAAGAUAGCAGUUCAGAUUUUCGUUAAUAAUGUGAAAAAAUACUAUCCGGCUUUGGAAUGAGCUCUCCUCCAUGGUGUUUUAUGAGCGCUAUGAAAUGACAUUCUUCAAACGUGGCUUAAGGAGAUUACUUACUCGUAAUUGUAGACAGCGGCUUAGCUCUGCCCCUGCCAUUGGUGACGUCCAUGGGCGAUGAUUUUUAUUUUUUUACUGCUUAGAUGGGACGAGCUCACAGCCCACCUUGUGUAAAGGGGUUACUGGAGCCCAUAGACAUCUACUACGUAAAUGCCGCCACCCAUCUUGAGAUACGAGUUCUAAGGUCUCAGUAUAGCUACCACUCACCAUCCGGGCCGUCUGUCUACAGUUUUCUAUAGUUAUCUUGUCUAUAGUUUUCUUUGUCACGGACGAGUUACUUGGAGAUAUUUAGAAACAGGCACUAAAACAUAAUCUCGUAAACACAAUAACUAUGUUGCAUAUCAUUUUUGAAAUGAAACUCAUAUUUUUUUGGGCAUCGUUAAGGUGUCAAGUUAAUAUUAGAUAUAAAGCUAAUUUUGUAGACUUUUUCGAUUAAAAAGCUCGUGCGUUCUAAUAUUCGUAGAAUUAAGAUUUUCUCCUCAGACGAAGGAAGGUAAUUAAUAUCCUUAUUGAUUAUAGGUUAACGCUGUAUAUUGCUGUAAAACCGAUAUUUAAUAUUCUUACGUAUUUAUUGAAUUAGGUGAAUGACUCGUGAGAUUUUUAAAUCGAUAAUUUAAAAUUUUCAUAUUAAUCAUUUUUACGGCUUAGUUUCGUGUUAAUCAAAUUUGUCGGGAAGUCGUCUAAAUCUUUGCGAAAUAUGUAUAACAAUAUAUAAUAAUGAGAUAUGACUUUUUUGGCGGGAACGCGAGGAGUGAAGUUGUGUGAUUUGUUUUAUUUUGUCUAUUUAUGUUCCUUGGGGUUUAAAUGUGUAAUAGCGGUGGUUUAUUAACUGUUUAAUAUCUGUGAAAGUGCACAAAUGUGGGAAAAUGAAUCAAAUCCGCUGGACGUAGCUUCUCGGGAUCCUCCAAAAAGUCCACUGAAAAAAUCUUAGUAAAUGACCACCAUUUUACUGAGAUUAUAUUUCAUCCCAUAUCAUCUCAGUUCAUUUUAUUUAAUUUCAUCCCAGUUGAUUAAUGUCUCAAAUUUAUUUCAUUUAUUAAAUUUAUUUCUUUAUUUCAUUUCACUCCUUAAUAUCAUUUUUCAUAAAAAUAUGAAUAUAAAUUAAAAUAGGACAUGACUUAAAGGUCUCAGUUACCAGGUCAUAAAAUCCCUUAAAAAUAAAAAAAACAAAUGAGAUAUUUAGAAGGUACGUUUAAGCCAUAAAUAAGUUUUAUUGAAGAAACAAUAUACACGUGUUUGCUGAUUUUGUUUUAAGCGAGUCAUCCGAUGGUUUUGAGUAAAUGUUAAACACCUUUAUACAUUAUUAUGUAUGUAAGCAAGGAAUUAUUUCGUGUAAAUAAUGUUUUAAUCCUUGAUACUUGUAAGUCGUUUAUGUCACUUUUCAAUUUGUAUUUAUUAUAUAUUUAAAGGGCACUGUUGUUUCGAAAGUAAAUUUUAUCAUGAUAAAAUAGAAAAAAUUAUAAUCGUUGUGAUGUUUACAAUCAUUUUAAUUUUUCGUAACUGUUUUUAGUUUGACAUUGACGUGGAGCUGUCAACAGUUUUAGCGGGAAAGUUCGCAACUUUUUUUUUUCUUCAUAAUAGUGCAGGCACAUAUUUACGUCGCGAGUAAUCGCGUGGCUUAAAAGAUCGGGCAGCUGUGUAGACUUCGCUAACAGACAAAAACAUCUGACUUUUAAAUAAAUUAAUAAUUUUUUUUGUGUCAAAGACAUGUCUUUUUAAAUUGAGAACAGUUUCGAAAACGUGGCUUCACCUCUAUUGCUUACUUAAAAUUUUCUAGUAAUCAAAAACUAUUUUCCUAAUAUACAUUUUAUUGUGUCGUGUAGAAUUAUUAUCCCUUCAAAACUUUCGGUAGUAUUAACGUGACGUGGGUGCGUUUUGUAAUAAAAGAAUGAAUAAAAUAAAAAUUAUGUGUACUAAAAAAUAUAAUAUAUGCCAUACAAUUUGUCUUCCAAUAAAAUUGAUCUUAUAACAAUAGUAUAAAGUAUUUUAGCUUAUUUUAAUAAUAUGAAUAUUAUAUAAUACAUAUUUCGAAAAGGUGGUGUUAUUAUGGAAGUCUGUGCCGUGUAGUUUUGUUUAAAAAAUUUGCCCCAAAAAACUUUAAAAAAAAUAAGUUUCAAUAUGUUAUACAUACUUUAAUUCAACAUUUCAGCAGAUAUUUUAUGUACGAAAUUUAAUUUAAGGUUAUGUGUAUGUAUUAAAAAAUCAUUAAAUUCUCUAAGUUUUCAAACUUCAUUGGUUCUGAAAGAUUUAGGUCACCUAUGGCUGUGACAGAUUUUAGUUGAUUCUGUCAUCACCAUUGUACUACCACUCUAUCCAAGCAAAGGUAUAAGCAGUGGCCUACAUAUAUGUCUACCUGAUAUUUACAAGCAAUAGUGGAAAUUCAUCCAUGACAUCAAAAGUUUGACAGUGGACAAAAUAAUCUAGAACAGGUCAAGAUGGUGUUUUUGUUUUUACAAAAUGUUCUACGGAAUCCGAAUGUUGAGUGACAGAAUUCACAAAAUAUCUGCGUAAUUGGUUUCAUUUUGCGAAACAAUAACAUUUAAGUUACAUUACCUUUUAUGUAAUCUGUAUUGUCUAUGAUUUCUGUCUGUGUAAUGUCUUGUCUAUGCUUUCUUUUUCUUUUUUUUUGAUUGAAGGAUUAUGUACUGGUGGCUUGGAGGCUUCGAUCAAUAAUACUACUAGAUUCGCGAUUAGCGCUUCAAAAACGGCCCGAAAAAAUAUAAGACCACAAAUAAAUUUGUGGUCUUAUUUCAAAUUAGUAUGGUCCAAUCAUAGCCAACACUAAGACGUCAAGACGCUGCAAUGCGCGUUCAAAAACUGAGUAAAAAACCACCGUAACACCAAGGUUUUGGAAGGAAUAUCUUUUUUUGGUAAAUUUAUAUUAUUAAGUGUUUUUCAUAAAAUAAUAAACACAAUUAUAUUGUUAAUAAAACACAAUUUACGAAUAUUGUAAUUGUUUGGCCAAUGUUUGCAACAAGGCACCAACUAUUGUAACAAACAUCACCAAUUCUUGAACAAGGAAUGCAUAGAGUAGUUUUGUUAUUUUAUAAUGUUAUUUUUGUUUGUAGAUUUCCUAGUAGCCCCUUGUCGCUGUGCACAAUGGAUAUAUAUUGUCGCGAAAGAAAGAGGAGAAGAAAUAUAGAACCCUUAUAAAAAUUCUAGAAUUGUUCAAUGGUGGUGGCAAAUCAAUGCAAAAAAGUAUUAAAAAAACUUUAUAUGUAUGUGUAAAUAUUUUAAGCGUAUAUGCUGAAAAGGAUUUGUUUUCUGGGGGAAACGAACACAGCCAUAAAAUAAGCCUAAAUUAAACUGAUUAUAGAAAAAUUCAUUGAUAUAAGAUUACAUUAUAUUUGUAAAAAAGAAACCGCUCAUAUAAAAAUGACUUCUAAAAGACAGCUUUAUAACAAACUGAAUCUGUUUAAAGGUAAUUGAACCUACAUUAUUGUUUUAAUUACUUCUGUAUAAAGAAUACGUGGAAAACAUGUAUCGUGUUUCCUUUCAUAUUUUUUUUACUUUAUUCAAUUUUAGUUUUUAUCACCUAUUUGUUGUAAUAGCGGCAAUGUAAAAUAUUAUCUACUACUUUUUUGAAUCGGUCAAAAAUAGUUGCGACCAUACAAAACAAACCUAAAACAAAUAUGUAUAUUCUGCAACUCUAUGUCUUUCAAUACUUACUGUGUUCUGAGCAUUGAAAUGUAAUACCAAGAACUACAUCUAGUUCCACAAUACAAUAAGCACGAAAUUUUAAACAAAUAUUUUUAACCUUAUAAAUUAGGCUUUAAGUAUCAUUUUAGAAUAAAUAUUUUUGUACUGAUGUCUUUUUAUAUUCAAGUGACAUUUUAAAUUUAUUCCAUAAUAUUCUUUUUCUGACGAAAAGACCUAUAUACAUAUAUUUUGCAAUGGUAAUUAAACUUUAUGUUUAAGUAUUAAGGUUUAUAAUAAACUGAAGUCGUUAACAUUAUUAAACUUUUUUCUAAGAAAUGAAGAUGUUUUCGUGUCUGCAAACGUGGCCACUGGAGCGUCUUAUUUUUGUUCCUGAUCUUUAAUCUAGUACUAUUAUUGAUCGAAGCUUGGAGGCCUUUAAAAUUUCUGUCGAGGCCCCGUCGCACGCUCCUUGUUAAUAACGCAUCUAUUACAAAUUGCUUUAUUGCCCCGGGAAAUUUAAUGUAUGCGUCCGCGCUUGACAUCUCGUCAUGUUGACGUCAUAAUAACGACCACCGAAUAAAUUUAAGUGACAUAUCUCAAAAUUAUAUAAUAUUAGCGGGUUCAUUUAUUGAAUUGUCUUUACGAAUAAAUGAAUUAAAUGUAUAAAUAAA